AUGCCUGUGCCGGUCCAGAGAAGAGUUUCCCAAGGUAGCCGUCGGCCUUCCGUGACCAGCAUUUCGUCCUCUACCCCCAUCACUCCAAGUUUUACGACCUCUUUUACUACCACCACCAAUAAUCAUUAUCCUCACCAACAACAACAUCGGGAUGCCCGUCAUAUCCGGGCCACUUCUUGGACUUCCGGGCACGAUCAAAGCGGCGAACCUUCUUUUGCCGAUUACCCUUCUGCAUCUCAUUCACGGCGCCGGCGCGAAUCCAACGGCUCUCUCGCAGACCUCACCGAGGGCUCUUCUCCCUCUUCCUCGCUCUCCUUCCACCACCCCAAUAUGGCUAUGAAGACCACUUCGUCAGAAUGGAAUCGUAGUCAUGCCCGCAGUCGCUCCCAAAGUAUGGCGCAGAUGAAUGCCUCCCAGGCUCAUUCCACCGGAGCCCCCGCUCCCCGCCCCGGCCCCGUCACCUGGAUGUCCCUGCCUAGAAAGAAACAGCUGGUCCUCCUGGGUCUCUGUCGCGUCUUCGACUUCUUACAGGUCACCUCCUUACAAGCGUAUAUGUUCUACCAGCUCAAGUCCUUCGACGAAACCCUUUCCGACUCCGAUGUCUCCACGCAGGCUGGUAUCCUCCAGGGCGCAUUUACGGCGGCGCAAUUCGCGACAGCAAUACCAUGGGGUCGAGUGGCCGAUGCGGAAUGGGGCGGUCGCAAAUUUGUACUGUUGGUCGGGCUGGUAGGCACGGCGGUGUCCUGCCUGGGAGUCGCCUUCUCGACGUCGUUCGCGCAGGCCGUGUUCUGGCGUUCGUUUGGCGGUGCCAUCAAUGGGACGGUGGGCAUUAUUCGCACAAUGAUUGCGGAGAACGUCAAGGAGAAGAAGUACCAUUCUCGCGCUUUCUUGAUUCUACCCAUUGGGUUUAAUAUCGCUGCUUUGUUUGGUCCAGUCAUGGGAGGUAUGCUUGCCGAUCCGGUUAAGAGUUACCCCAGGCUGUUCGGCCCCAAUUCUUCUUUUGGAGGUGCUUCUGGUGUGCAGUGGCUCAUGAAAUACCCCUACGCGUUGCCCAUGCUGGCCAAUGCCCUUUUCCUGUCAUUCUGCGCCACGUGCGUCGCAAUGGGUCUUGAGGAGACUUCACAAGCCUGCAAGGGAAAGCCUGGCCUGGGCGCUUUCGCCAUGAAGAUUUUCGCCCGUGGUUUGAAGGCUGUCCUUCCAUCUUCGUCGCCCCUGUAUUCGAGACUUCCGUUUUCCGACUAUGACGAGGAAGGUCCCCUGCUGAACCGACCAGUCGAUCCUACCGAAAGUUAUGAGCUUGAAGAGAAGGCGGCCAAACCUACGAGGCACGCUCGCGUGUUACCGUUCCGACGAAUCUGGACAAAGAAUGUCCUGUGCACUCUUCUCGCGCAGGCCUUUUUCGAUUUCCAGAUGGGUGCCUUCAAUAAUCUGUGGUUGCUUUUCCUCUCCACCCCUCGAUAUGAUUCCAGUGACCCUGCCAGUCCCGUGCAGAGACUACCCUUCAUUUUCACCGGGGGCUUGGGUAUGUUGCCUCAGAGCGUUGGCUUCGCCACAGCUAUCCUCGGGGUCAUCGGCAUGCUCCUUCAAUUCACCGUCUAUCCUUCAAUCAACGGCCGUCUGGGCACAGCCAAGAGCUACCAAUAUUUCCUGUCGCUCUUUCCUCUGGCUUAUGCUUUCGCCCCUUAUAUUGCUCUUGCACCGUCGUCCACGCCCCCUCCAGGACAAGCCAGUGGGCCCUGGGUGUGGUUCUCCAUUAUUGUCGUCCUGUUCCUGCAAGUCACCGCUCGGACAUUCACGCUUCCGACAUCAAUUAUCCUCCUGAACAAUUGCUCACCGCACCCGUCGGUGCUCGGUACGAUACACGGUAUCGGACAGUCAGUAUCUUCGGCGUUCCGGACUAUUGGGCCUAUCUUUUCCGGAGCCUGGUAUGGUUAUGGUCUGGAGAUAGGCAUGGUUGGCUUCGCCUGGUGGCUAAUCGCCCUUGUGUCCAUCUUUGGAUGCAUAGCAGCGAUCUUUGUUUAUGAAGGCUCCGGCCACGAGAUUCUGCUCCCGGGCGAAGAAGAUGACCUGCGGUAA